UCUCUCUUUCCCCGGAAGCCUUUGCCUUUCUGUGGAGAGUACGCGAUAUUUUCUCAAGUCCGUAUCCCCUAAAGUUCCCCUGUGUAUGUGCGCGCUCUUUGCAGCGCUCCUUGAAGCCACCUUUAAAGACCUGAGGUUCCAAACUCUUGGUGAAAAAUUGCGGCAUUAAUUUGUUCCCUCUUCCCUUGAGGACACGUCGUCUAGGCCCUGACGGAUGUAUAUCGAGUACCUGAACACAGUACUAGUGCAGCUUAGAAGAAACAUUUUCUUUGGAGAAAAAAUCAUCAAGGAUCUGAAGCAAAAUGCGGCCAAUGCGCAUUUUUGUAAAUGAUGACCGCCAUGUCAUGGCAAAGCAUUCUGCAGUUUAUCCAACUCAAGAAGAACUGACAGCAGUUCAAAACAUGGUCUCUCACACUGAACGUGCUCUCAAAGCUGUUUCUGACUGGAUUAAUGAGCAGGAGAAAGGUAAUAAUGAGCAGCCAGAACCUGAUACCAUGGAGACUGUAGCUGAAGAAGAGAACAAAGAAGGAAGUGAGCAGAAGACUACAGAGCACUUGACUAGGACACUUCGUGGAGUGAUGCGUGUUGGUCUUGUAGCAAAAGGCCUCUUGCUGAAGGGAGACUUGGAUCUUGAGCUGGUUCUGUUAUGUAAAGAGAAACCCACUAUUGGUCUUUUGGAAAAAGUAGCCGACAAUCUCAGCACACAGCUUGCUGCUAUUACUGAAGACAAAUAUGAAAUUAUUCAAUCUGUCAGUGAUGCUGCAAUUACAAUUAAGAAUACAAAAGAACCUCCACUGACACUUACUAUUCACUUGACAUCUCCUGUUGUCAGAGAAGAAAUGGAAAAAAUGUUAGCUGGAGAAACGCUAUCAGUCAACGACUCACCGGACGUUCUGGACAGGCAGAAAUGCCUUGCUGCCUUGGCGUCACUCCGACACGCCAAGUGGUUUCAGGCCAGGGCAAAUGGCUUGAAAUCAUGUGUCAUAGUCAUCAGAGUGCUGAGAGAUCUCUGUACCCGUGUUCCUACUUGGGCUCCACUUAGAGGAUGGCCUCUAGAGCUGCUUUGUGAGAAAUCAAUUGGAACAGCCAAUCGGCCCAUGGGAGCUGGUGAGGCACUGAGAAGAGUUCUUGAAUGCCUUGCAUCUGGAAUAGUUAUGCCAGAUGGUUCUGGUAUUUAUGAUCCUUGUGAAAAAGAAGCCACUGAUGCUAUUGGGCAUCUAGACAGACAACAAAGGGAAGAUAUCACACAGAGUGCUCAGCAUGCUCUAAGGCUUGCUGCUUUUGGACAGCUUCACAAAGUCUUGGGAAUGGAUCCACUGCCAUCAAAGAUGCCCAAGAAACCAAAAAAUGAAAAUCCAGUUGACUAUACUGUCCAGAUCCCGCCUAGCACAACAUAUGCCAUCACUCCUUUAAAACGUCCCAUGGAAGAAGAUGGAGAAGAGAAAUCUCCAAGCAAAAAGAAAAAGAAGAUUCAGAAAAAAGGUAUUGAGUUGACAAGAGAGGAAAAGUCAGAUCCUCCACAAGCUAUGAAUGCUCUUAUGAAGCUGAAUCAGCUAAAACCUGGACUUCAAUAUAAGCUAGUAUCUCAGACAGGUCCAGUUCAUGCUCCUAUAUUUACUAUGUCUGUGGAAGUUGAUGGCAUCACUUAUGAAGCUUCAGGACCUUCCAAAAAAACAGCCAAGUUGCAUGUAGCAGUAAAGGUUCUGCAAGACAUGGGAUUGCCUACAGGUGUGGAAGGUAGAGAGAGAGGUGAUGAAUCAGCAGAGGAAACUGAUCAGAAACCAGUUGCAGUUGCUGUUCCUCCUGUAGUAGAAAUUAUUUGUACUCCUAGUGCUGCUUCUCCUUCAGAGCAAACAGAGAAUGUGAAACAGCAGGGACCAAUAUUGACCAAGCAUGGAAAAAAUCCAGUUAUGGAACUCAAUGAGAAACGACGUGGCUUAAAAUAUGAGCUGAUUUCAGAAACUGGUGGCAGUCAUGACAAACGGUUUGUGAUGGAGGUUGAGGUUGAUGGCCAGAAGUUCCAAGGAGCUGGUUCAAAUAAAAAGGUGGCAAAAGCUUAUGCUGCACUGGCUGCAUUAGAAAAGCUUUUUCCAGAUGCUCCCCUUCCAAUGGAGCAGAAGAAAAAAAGAGCCCCUAUGCCAGCACGAGGUGGACCCAAAUUUCCUGUAAAGCAUAAUCCAGGCUAUGGUAUGGGAGGUCCUAUGCAUGCUGAAGUACCUCCUCCUCCAAGCAUGCGGGGCCGUGGCAGAGGAGGAAAUAUCCGGGGCCGGGGCCGGGGCAGAGGUGGAUUUGGUGGUGCCAGUCACGGAGGUUAUAUGAAUGCUGGGGCUGGAUAUGGAAGUUAUGGCUAUGGUGGCAACUCUGCAACAGCAGGCUAUAGCCAGUUUUACAGUAAUGGUGGCCAUUCGGGCAAUACAGGCGGAGGAGGUAGUUCCUCUGGCUAUGGUUCCUAUUAUCAAGGUGGUGACUACAGUUCUCCUGCUCCUCCUAAGCAUGCUGGGAAAAAACAACCACAUGGUGGACAGCAGAAGCCUUCUUAUGGCUCAGGGUAUCAGUCCCAUCAAGGCCAACAGCAACAAUCAUAUAACCAAAACCAGUAUGGCAAUUAUGGUCCUCCACAAGGCAAGCAGAAGGGCUAUAACCAAGGCAACUAUGCUUCUUACUCAAAUUCCUAUAACUCUCCUGGUGGCAGUGCCGGAGGAUCAGAGUACAACUAUGAAAGUAAAUUCAAUUAUGGUGGUGGACGUGGAGGUGGUGGUACAAACAGCUAUGGUUCAGGAGGUGCCUCCUACAAUACCAGUGGCUAUGGAGGAGGAGCUGGGGCAGGAGGGUCAUCUUACCAAGGUAAGCAAGGUGGAUAUUCUCAGUCAAAUUACAAUUCUCCAGCUUCAAAUCAGAACUACAGUGGACCUCCCAAUUCCUACCAACCUCCGCAAGCUGGAUAUGGUAGAAAUGACCACAGCAUGAACUAUCAGUAUAGAUAAACGAGUUUGUUCUUGAUGGGUCUGUAUCUUUGUUAUCUCUUAAAUUUGCAUAACCUUUGAAAAUUAAGUUUUAUUGCAUCACAGUAAACAUGUAAACCCUGUUUUCCAUGUUGCAGUGCUCUUUGUGAUAUCAGUCACUAAUGGUUGAGUACAUUGUGAUUCCAUAAUUAGCUGUAUUUUGGACAUUUAAUGCUGUAUUUAAUGGUUUGUUAGUUUGCCAUUUCAGUUUUUUUGUCUAAAUAGAAUUUGAGUUCAACAUCCCUCUUUUGUUUAAAUUAAAUUCAGGUAUUAACACACAGGAUUGCUUUAAAUAGAUAAGGGAUGUCUUCUGCUUUUGUGAAGUGAGUUUAAACAAGCUUUCUGUAUUUUAAUGCUUUAGUGUUUUUCAGUUUUAUAAGUGAUUUAUUUUUAAAUUUGUGGGAAAGAGUGGGUUUGUAUGUCUGGGUUUUUCAGACAGCUCCUGGAUUAUGCUGAAUGUAGACAAAUAAACAUAAAAUCUUCAUGUGUGUGUCUAGAA